GAUGCUCCUUCCGAUCUGAAACGUCCUUCUGGCUCCGCUCCGAGAUGCUCGACGGUCUUGGCAUGUGCGAACUAUGAGCUCAUGAUUCUUUUGACCAUCAAAGUGCUUGAAGCGACCAAAUCUUUCCAAUUCACAUGCAUUCGACCUCUUUACUGAUCACCCUAUUGUGCCUUGCAGCUAUCUCAAUCACCGCAUCCGCCUCGGCUCACAAUCAGUUACACCAACAACAUCAACUCAAGAUGUCCAGAUCUCUCAAUGUCCUCUCCAAGCCUCUGGCUAUCCACUCUACUAGCCCUAUGACUGGUUAUCUGAGGAACGGCUACUGUGAAGUGCCUGCUUCAGAUGCUGGCAACCAUGCUAUCGCCGCAGAGGUCUCAGAUGAGUUCCUCAAGUUCUCUGCAGACCGUGGCAACGAUCUCCGUCAGAUUGGAUUGAAGGGAGGCUGCAAAUGGUGUCUUUGUGUGUCUCGCUGGAAGGAGGCAUUUGAUGCUAGAGGCAAGGAGGGUGACAAGAUCGUGCCCAAAAUCUUCCUCAACGCCACAAACGAGAAAGCUUUGGACAAGGUAUCCUUGGAGGACUUGAAGAAGUUUGCAGUCGACAAGGAGUAAGCGUAAAAGUUGCGUUUGCGAUAUGAAAUCAUGACAGAAAUUGCCUUUAUUUGUAACCUUCCUCUAUGCCAUCCUAAUCCACUCUCUAAGGCCAC